CUUCACCGCUGUCUCUCCUCCUUCUUCACUCGCUGUUUGAACAGCAAAGCAAAACACAUUCUCUCGCUUUAUUUCUUUUCCUCUCUCUAAAAUUGUGAAGGGUGGAAGGAAAACCUUAAAGAGAGAGCCAAGAAAGAUCCUUAACUCUUCUGUAUCACCAUGAAUGACCUUUUAAAUGAUGGUGUUGAUACCUUUGAGGCUCCCAGGCAUCAAAAUGAUAGAAAUGAAGAUAUUGAAAUGGGAAUACAAAGACCAAUGGACUCUGGGGAACUAGGUCUUGAUGAUUUCUUUAAGCAGGUUCAACAAAUUGAGAAGCAGUAUGAAAAGUUGGAAAAGCUCCUGAAGAAGCUUCAGGAUGCUCAUGAAGAAUCAAAGGCUGUCACGAAAGCUACUGCUAUGAAAGCAAUUAAGCAGCGAAUGGAAAAAGAUGUUGACGAAGUUAGCAAAGUAGCUCGAUUCAUCAAAUUAAAGAUUGAGGAACUUGACAAAGAAAGUCUGUCCAAUAGAAGCAAACCAGGGUGUGGUAAAGGAUCAGCUGUUGACAGAUCAAGAACCGCAACAACAGUUUCCUUGAAAAAGAAAUUCAAAGAUAAAAUGUCCGAGUUUCAGACACUACGAGAAAACAUCCACAAAGAAUAUCGUGAGGUUGUUGAAAGGCGUGUUUAUACAGUGACGGGCAAUCGAGCUGAUGAAGAGACAAUUGAUCGGUUGAUAGAAACUGGGGACAGUGAGCAGAUAUUCCAGAAAGCUAUCCGGGAACAAGGGCGAGGGCAGAUAAUCGAUACGCUAGCGGAAAUUCAAGAACGCCAUGAUGCAGUCAGAGAGCUAGAGAGGAAACUUCUUGAGUUGCAACAGAUAUUCUUGGACAUGGCAGUGUUAGUUGAUGCUCAAGGGGACAUGCUUGAUAAUAUAGAAUCACAGGUUUCAGCUGCAGUUGACCAUGUGCAAUCAGGGAAUACUGCUCUACAAAAGGCAAAGAGUUUACAAAGGAAUUCAAGAAAAUGGAUGUGCAUUGCCAUCAUCAUCCUUCUGAUAAUCGUUGCAGUCAUAGUUGUUGGCGUGCUCAAGCCAUGGAACAGCAACAAGGGUGCUUGAAUUUUUCACCCUGAUAAAGCGAUGUAUAAAAUACAACUGCAAGUUACUGAGUUCUAUCUCUGCAAACACUUGGUCAAUUACAGCCUUCCUUAGUUGUGUACUUGUGGAACCUAAAACUGUCUACUUCAAACUUUGAGUUUGAAACUGUCACUGAGAUGUAUUAUUUUAAUUAUUUACAAAUCUGUUUCUUUUUCUUCUUUAUUUGGGGGUUAGUGUAACGUCAGUGCAUACUAUAACUCAUUUUACUGUAGCUAAGAUGAGUUGCAUGUUGGUUGUACUGUUCUACCAGUGGCAUGGCAAGUGAUUGUGUUUGCUUUUGGUGGUGAUGAUCACACUGUAAACUCCAACAAGGUUACGAUAUUCAUGGUAUGGUCUUUCAUGUCGAA